UGUAUACCUCCCCUGCUCCAAUUGGGUGUCGCUCCGUCGUCUUCUACUUUAUCUCGGCGGAGUAGAGCUGCAGAGACCGAAACUAAUCUUCCAACACCGUCAAUGGCGAACGCUCUGCGGAUGCCCAUGGCUUCCUCUAUGUGCUGCUCCUCAUCGUCUCCUGUUCACUCAGCCAUGCGCCGUGGCUUUCCUGCUGUUUUCAACAGCGCAAAGAUUCCCACGCCUCCUGUUAACCCUAAGGACCCCUUUCUAUCGAAGCUUGCUUCCGUUGCUGCCGCGAAUCCCGAUGCGCUUCUGGAUAGGACGAGGAACUCCGACACGCCGCCGUUCCUCGACUUGUUUGACUCGCCACGCCUCAUGGCUACUCCCGCACAGGUGGAGAGGUCGGUGUCAUAUAAUGAGCAUAGACCAAGAAGACCACCACCAGACUUACCUUCAUUGUUGCUAGAUGGAAGAAUAGUGUACAUUGGCAUGCCGCUGGUACCGGCUGUUACUGAGCUUGUUGUGGCCGAGUUAAUGUAUCUACAGUGGAUGGACCCCAAAGAGCCAAUUUAUCUCUAUAUAAAUUCCACAGGAACUACGCGCGAUAAUGGUGAAACAGUUGGGAUGGAGACUGAGGGUUUUGCAAUUUACGAUGCUUUGAUGCAAUUGAAGAAUGAGGUACAUACAGUUGCUGUUGGAGCUGCUAUAGGCCAGGCAUGCCUCUUACUUGCUUCAGGAACAAAAGGCAAACGGUUCAUGAUGCCACAUGCCAAAGCAAUGAUUCAACAACCUCGUGUUCCCUCAUCCGGCUUAAUGCCUGCCAGCGAUGUCCUGAUUCGUGCAAAAGAGGUGAUUAUAAACAGGGAUAUUCUCGUGAAUCUGUUAGCAAAGCAUACUGGAAAUUCGGAAGAGACUGUCGCAAAUGUAAUGAAAAGGCCAUUUUAUAUGGACGCCAGUAAAGCAAAGGAGUUUGGUGUCAUUGACAAGGUACUUUGGCGUGGGCAAGAAAAGGUAAUGGCAGAUGUUUCCUCUCCGGAGGAGUGGGACAGGAACGCUGGCAUCCGAGUUGUUGAUGAAUUUUAGUUGCUUCCAAGAGAUACACAAGAAUUGUUGAUCUUUGGGAAAAAGCUUUUCAUCAAUCAUCAUGCUGCUCUUACUCGUGCAAACUCUUAUUUUCAAGAGAUCGGAGGUUUGAAUCUUCCCAUUACACAAUUGGAAUGAAAGCCAAUACGACUAUGGAUAGGAUAGCCAUACCGGCACUAGCCAGUCCGGCCGGCACCAGGUCUAGUUAUUCUAUUAAUUGAUAAAGCCUCACUAAAUACUGAAUGGCAUGUUUUUAGUUUUGCAAUAUAUUCACAAGUUGUCGUCAUAAUAGAAUGUCUCUGGAUCUUAAUUAUAUAUUGUCUACAUCUGCCGAUUUCUAUGUAUCAGAAGUGAGUGGUCUGUGUUUCCAUGUAGCUAGUUUUAGUCGAGUUGAUAUUUUAUUUCAUCAUUUUUUUGUA